AUGUCCAAAUACAACAUUCAGGAAUUUAAAACCAACUUUGACACUGCUUUUAUCGAAUUUUUUAAUAAAAAAGGAUACAAGCAGUCUCAUUUCGUCGAUAACAUUCGAUUUCUCUUUGGUUUUGGCUGUGCCAUUCCUGCUGCGAUUGCAUUCGGUUUGGAGCAACUCCAUGAUUUCUCAAAGUUAAAGGAACAUCUUUUGUGCCUUUUGUUAGUCUACUUUACCUUUUCUGGACUUUUAACUUGGUGGAUCUCAUUUGUCAAAGGCAACAGAAUUUACAUUGGAACAAGUCCCGACCAAAAAUUAACAAUCGACGCAGAGACUACGCUCCCCUUGAACCAUAACCCUCAUUUGAAUCUGACAGUAAGGAUUAAAAGAGGAAAACAAGCUACAUCCAUAGCGCAUAAGCUUUCUGUACCCGUCACCGAUAUUUUUGACCAAGAAGGACAAAUAUCCCAAGCCGCUUUCUCCAAACAUAUUUCGAACUUGUGUAAAUCUUACAUUGAUAACGAGUAA